AUGGAUGGCUUCAUAAGGAGUGUUUCCGAGAACUUUCCAAAUGUACAAAGACUAAAGGUACGAAGUAAACCUACUACCUUACUAAAGGUAUUUUUCAUUCUUGCAUUGAUCCAAUUAGUUUACUACGGAUCAUUAUCAUCACGUUCACACUCACACAUAAAUGUUCAAUCUUCUGAAGAUAAUGAUACAAAUAAUGAUCAAUUGAAAGAGCUUCUUGGAAAAUUUGAUAUCUCUCUGCUUGUUGAUGACAGUUAUCCUGCUCCUAAGGAGGCUGAUUUGGAUUUGAUCCGUGAUUCAAUCACAAAAAAAUACACGUCUACAUCUAAUGCGUUAAUGACUUUUCUUAAUGAUAAUGACAAAGUGUUACUUAGCUCUGAUGCUCACUUGGAUGCAAAGUGUGAUCUAUUUUUUUAUUAUUUGCAUUCCGUGGAAGACCGAAAUUGGACUAAUGAGGCAGAUGCUGGAUACUCUGCCGAUGCGUUCAGCCAAACAGAUUAUUUCAAUAGGAAAAAUAAGGAAAGGCUUGGAAAGGAAAAGGAUACCAAAAAGGAACAAAUACGAAAUGAAUAUCUAGAACAGGGUAAAGAAAUUAAUGAUGGUGAUCUUGAGGCACUACUCCUGAAAUUCAAAUAUGACUUUACUGAUUCAGAAAUCGAAGCUUUGAAAGAAGAGCGUUUGGAUUUAAUUGAAAAGAAUUUGGAGAUAGAGCAGAAUAAAGUCAGCAAAGCUGCGAACUUAAGGGCAUUUGGUAAAUGCUUCUUUAGUGAAGAAUAUGGAAACCUGGGAACCACGGAUAAUAGCAAGCAAAAAGUGCUUGGGGCAUUUACCAAAAGCACUUGCCAUUUCUCCGAAAAAAAGAUUUUUCCAUUUCUAUCCUUCAACUAUCCCAUUUAUGAAAGAUGGAAUGGUGCUAUAUACGAAAAAAUGCCUCAGAUUUCAAAUAUCUUGAAAAACGAAGAAAUCAAAUCUAAAAAGCAUAAGGGGAAAUUUACUUCUGACUUGCUACCAGAGGUCUUAGAUACGACAGAGUUCGGUGAUUGCUUUGUUCCAAGUUUUUAUAAUUCUAUGAAUGGCAAGGGUCUCGUCUUAUCUGUUAGUGAUAACUAUGUUGGAGAAGUUAUAAAAUUGAUUAGAACAUUGAGAGUCUUAGGAAAUAAGUAUCCUAUUCAAAUUAUUCAUAGCGGAGAUCUUUCUCAAGCAAACAGAAAGUUGUUGGUGGAUGCUUCGAGAGAGUCGAUUAAAAAAUUGAUUCCAAAGGUUAAUGUUUCCAAGAAGGAAUUUGAAAAAUAUGAAUACAAAGAUUAUAUUGACCAUGAUUACCCAGUUCAGGAAAUAUGGUUUGUGAAUGUGCUCAGGGCAAUAGACCCAAAAUACAAUGAAGUUUUCAGUGGCUAUUCCAACAAAUUAUUGGCAUACUUUUUCAAUUCAUUCGAUGAAAUGAUGUUAUUAGAUACAGAUACCGUUCUACUAGUUCCAACAAAAUCCUUUUUUAAACUUGACAAGUAUUUGAAGCAUGGAGCAAUGUUCUUCAGGGAUCGUGAUGUUGAUGACAUGUUAUGGGAUUUCGAUGUAGAAUUUUGGAAAAAAUUGAUGCCUUCUGUUUUAGAUAAGAAAUUUUUUGGUAUUCCUCAACCAACAGAUGUCACUUUGAAGAAUAGAUAUAUAGGUGACUACAGAAAACACUUUAUGGAGGCGGGUCUCGUGCUAGUGAAACGGUCAACACAUUUCACAGGGAUUUUAAUGGGUUUGGAGAUUAACUUAUGGAGAACUGUCAUUGACAACCGUAUGUGGGGUGACAAGGAAUAUUUCUGGCUUGGUCAAUCUUUGGCAGGAAAUGAAAAUUAUCAUAUCAACGGUUAUCAAGCUGGUGCCGCCGGGGAAGUUAGAACUGUACCAGGAAAAUUUACUCAUGAAAUCUGUUCCACUCAUCCCGCUCAUAUUUUGGAUGAAGAUAACAAAACUUUGCUUUGGAUUAAUUCGGGAUUCCAGAACUGUAAAAAGAAUAGUUGGGACGAUGAUGUGAAUAACGAACGAAUUAAAAAGACAAACAUGGCAGACAAGCAAGUUUUACAAUCAUUUUAUGAAGACUUUACGAAAAUUACUGGGGUGGUCAUUCCACCAGUCACUGAACACUCUUAUGUCAACAAUAUGAAUGAGCCGUUUUCGGGAUGGUACAAAUUAAAUAUUUGCUCAGGCUAUUACUGGUGUGGGUAUGAAGUUAUUGGAGCUUCGCAAAAUGAUGAAGAUAAGGGACUUUUGAUUGAAUUCGAUAAGGACACAAUAGAAUUUUAUGAUUUUGUUGGAAGAAUUUGGAUUGCUAAUGUUUAA